CCCGGGGAUAUCUCACGUGGGGUUGCAGCUUGUUCUGAUUUUUCUUUUUGUGUUCUGUUUGUGUCGGAUGUUUGUUAAGUGUGGAUUGUUCUGGGUGAGUUAUGCACCCUUAUACUGUCUAUGCUUUCUUCUGCCCGUUGGUGCUCAAGUUGGGAGGUUCUUAGAGCUUUACUUUUUCUGCAACAAUGUUGUUUACGCCAGCAACUCUAAGAAGUGAAAUGCGGAGUUUGGUUUAUAGAUUAUUCUCUAAAAGAUGCAGCCAUUUUGCUUUACCUGUGUCUUUUGGGAUGAUGAUUGACAAUAAGAUCGGCACACCAUCCAUUCCACCUGAUUUUGAGCGAGAGUUGGAAGCAAAACCUGAAGUUCCCUGUUUCUCUAGUGGUGGCUGUAUGGAGCUCAUGGCAGUCCCGAAGAGGAAGGUUUCUCCACAUAAAAGAGGCAUAAGAAAUGGACCGAAGGCUUUGAAACCUAUUCCAGUAAUAAUUCGCUGCAAGAGUUGUGGUCGGGUGAAGCUACCACAUUUCUACUGUUGCAGUGGUGACAGGAGACAGAUUUGGGAACGGAGUGAUUCCACCAGCUGAUAAAGUUCUGUUGAAUGGCUGUGCUAAACACAUAUAGAAGGUUAAUCAGUUGCACUUUCUGAUUUUGAAUUUGUAACAUUUUUAGGAUUUGAACCACAAGAAAGUUCCAUCACUAAAGUUGCCUGACCAAUUAAUGAUCUUCAAAUAAAAAUUUGGCUUGGGAUUUUGCUGACA